AUGACUUCAGACUCGGAGCUACCUGAGACCCCGCCUGUAACAGAAGCAGGGAUAGAGCAGACUACAGAAAAGCCAGGAAAGCGAAAUGCGUUUACCGAAUUAAUGACUUCCAAGGACAAAAAAUCGAAACAGACCGAACCUCAAAAACCCAAAAAGCAUAUGUUUAACCCGUCGAGAAACGCUUUAGGGCUUUAUAUUGAGCGACCGGAAUCAUACCCUGCAUCUGUCGUUGUCUACUACAACGAUGACUUUGUCGCAAUUCAUGAUUUAUAUCCGAAAUCAUCCCUACAUCUACUAUUGCUCCCGCGCGACGCGAACAAAUUCUACCAACACCCGUUCGAUGCUUUUGAGGAUAUUGAGUUUCUACAUAAGGUUCAGGAGGAAGUCAAAAAGCUACGUACAUUAGCAGCUCAGGAAUUACGACGAAGAUACGGAAAAUACUCGUUGCAGGAAAAGGCGCGUCGAGAGGCUAUGGAACAAGAUCCACCGCCUGACGAAUUACCUCCCGGACGAGAUUGGGAGAAAGAGAUAAUGACGGGGAUUCACGCGCACCCAUCCAUGAAUCAUUUGCAUAUCCAUGUCAUGUCCGUGGAUCGACACAGUGACCGGCUAAAACACCGUAAACAUUACAAUAGCUUUUCAACCCCGUUCUUUAUUGAUAUCAAGGACUUCCCGCUGGCUGCAGAUGACGUGCGGCGUCAUCCAACUAGGGAAGGCUACUUGAAUCGCGAUUUUCUAUGUUGGCGAUGUUCUCGAAACUUUGGGAAUAAAUUCCAGCAACUCAAGCAGCAUCUCGAGGAAGAAUAUGAAGAAUGGAAAAAAUUAUAG